AUGUUUUCCAUGAGGAUCGUCUGCCUGGUCCUAAGUGUGGUGGGCACAGCAUGGACUGCAGAUACUGGUGAAGGUGACUUUCUAGCUGAAGGAGGAGGCGUGCGUGGCCCAAGGGUUGUGGAAAGGCAUCAAUCUGCCUGCAAAGAUUCAGACUGGCCCUUCUGCUCUGAUGAAGACUGGAACUACAAAUGCCCUUCUGGCUGCAGGAUGAAAGGGUUGAUGGAUGAAGUCAAUCAAGAUUUUACAAGCAGAAUAAAUAAGAUCAAAAAUUCAUUAUUUGAAUAUCAGAAGAACAAUAAGGAUUCUAAUUCGUUGACCACUAAUAUAAUGGAAAUCUUGAGAGGCGAUUUUUCCUCAGCCAAUAACCGUGAUAAUACCUAUAACCAAGUAUCAGAAGAUCUGAGAAGCAGAAUUGAAGUCCUGAAGCGCAAAGUCAUAGAAAAAGUACAGCAUAUCCAACUUCUGCAGAAAAAUGUUAGAGCUCAGUUGGUUGAUAUGAAACGACUGGAGGUGGACAUUGACAUUAAGAUCCGAUCUUGUCGCGGGUCAUGCAGUAGGGCUUUAGCUCGUGAAGUAGAUCUGAAGGACUAUGAAGAUCAGCAGAAGCAACUUGAACAGAUCAUUGCCAAAGACUUACUUCCCUCUAGAGAUAGGCAACACUUACCACUGAUAAAAAUGAAACCCAUUCCAGACUUGGUUCCUGGAACUUUUAAGAGCCAGCUUCAGAAGGCACCUCCAGAGUGGAGGGCAUUAACAGACUUGCAGCAGAUGAGAAUGGAGUUAGAGAGACCUGGUAGAAAUGAGGUUACCAGAGGAGACUCCACCUCUUCUGGAACCAGAUCAGAGACGGAAAGCCCCAGGAACCCUAGCAGUGCUGGAAACUGGAACCCUGGGAGCUCUGGACCUGGAAGUACUGGAAACCGAAACCCUGGGAGCUCUGGGACUGGAAGUGGUGGAACCUGGACCCCUGGCAGCUCUGGAACUGCUGGAAGUACUGGAACCUGGAACCCUGGGAGCUCUGGAACUGUAAGUACUGGAAAGCAAAACCCUGGGAGCCCUAGACCUGGUAGUACCGGAACCUGGAAUCCUGGCAGCUCUGGACAUGCAAGUGCUGGGCACUGGAGCUCUGAGAGCUCUGUAUCUGGUAGUACUGGACAUUGGCACUCUGAAUCUGGAAGUUUUAGGCCAGACAGCUCAGGCUCUGGGAACACGAGGCCUACCAACCCAGACUGGGGCGCAUUUGAAGAGGUGUCAGGAAAUGUAAGUCCAGGGACAAGGAGAGAGUACCACACAGAGAAACUGGUCACUUCUAAAGGAGAUAAAGAGCUCACGACUGGUAAAGAGAGGGUCACCUCUGGUAGCACAACCACCACGCGUCGUUCAUGCUCUAAAACCGUUACUAAGACUGUUAUUGGUCCUGAUGGUCGCAAAGAAGUUACCAAAGAAGUGGUGACCUCUGAAGAUGGUUCUGACUGUCCCGAGGCAAUAGAUUUAGGCACAUUGUCUGGCAUAGGUACUCUGGGUGAGUUCCGCCAUAGGCACCCUGAUGAAGCUGCUUUCUUCCACACUGCCUCAACUGGAAAAACAUUCCCAGAUUUCAUCUCACCUAUGUUCAAAGAGUUUGUCAGUGAGACUGAGUCUACGGGCUCAGAAUCUGGCAUCUUCACAAAUGCAAAGGAAUCCGGUUCUCAUCACCCUGGGGUAGCUGGAUUCCCUUCCAGUGGUAAAACUUCAAGUCACAGCAAACAAUUUACUAGUAGCACGAGUUACAACAGAGAAGGCUCCACAUUUGAAAGCAAGAGCUAUAAAAUGGCAGAUGAGGCCGGAAGUGAAGCUGAUUAUGAAGGAACACAUAGCACCAAGAGAGGCCAUGCUAAAUCUCGCCCUGUCAGAGACUGUGAUGAUGUCCUCCAAACACAUCCUUCAGGUACCCAAAGUGGUAUUUUCAAUAUCAAGCUACCGGGAUCCAGUAAGAUUUUUUCUGUUUAUUGCGAUCAAGAGACCAGUUUGGGAGGAUGGCUUUUGAUCCAGCAAAGAAUGGAUGGAUCACUGAAUUUUAACCGGACCUGGCAAGACUACAAGAGAGGUUUCGGCAGCCUGAAUGACGAGGGGGAAGGAGAAUUCUGGCUAGGCAAUGACUACCUCCACUUACUAACCCAAACGGGCUCUGUUCUUAGGGUUGAAUUAGAGGACUGGGCUGGGAAUGAAGCUUAUGCAGAAUAUCACUUCCGGGUAGGCUCUGAGGCUGAAGGCUAUGCCCUCCAAGUCUCCUCCUAUGAAGGCACUGCGGGUGAUGCUCUGAUUGAGGGUUCCGUAGAGGAAGGGACAGAGUACACCUCUCACAACAACAUGCAGUUCAGCACCUUUGACAGGGAUGCAGACCAGUGGGAAGAGAACUGUGCAGAAGUCUAUGGGGGAGGCUGGUGGUAUAACAACUGCCAAGCAGCCAAUCUCAAUGGCAUCUACUACCCUGGGGGCUCCUAUGACCCAAGGAAUAAUAGUCCUUAUGAGAUUGAGAAUGGAGUGGUCUGGGUUUCCUUUAGAGGGGCAGAUUAUUCCCUCAGGGCUGUUCGCAUGAAAAUUAGGCCCCUUGUGACCCAAUAG